AAUCAGGCAGGACACAAUUGAUUUUGUCGAACGUAGUGUAUGUGGCCAAGUUAAUUUCUUGGAAGUAUGUACGUGAGACGAGACUUGUAAAACGGUCAACGUAAUGAAUUGCUAGUUCACGCUUAAUGAUUUGGCAACUUCCACGCAUCAAAAGUUUCACACCACUUUACUGGCAAAAUCAAAAAUAUUGUGGCAAAGGAUGUUAAUCAGGAGCGAAUCUGGGGUCUGCCAAGUUGUGAAAUUAUAAAAGGAAAGUUGGCAUCGAAAUAUAAACAUAUUUUAAGAAAAACAUUUUUUUUUUUAAUCUGCAUUACUUUAAAAUAUGAAUGUACCAAAUUUAGCAAAGUGGCCAAGCAAGUGGACUGGGUAAAUUGAACAUACUUCUGAAUUGCCUAGUCAGACAAAUGCACCUCGAAAGAAAUAAAUGGGAAGGUACCUCUAAAAACAGUGUUGCUCGAACAACACAGUUUCUGGGAUCCGCGCAUGAAUUGUCUCUUCAGGAUACCUUGUGGGUAUGGCAGCAUCUCGCACCUGUCGUUCAACACGCGUCAAGCCGCCGAUCGUCAAGCUCCGGGCAUCAUUUCUCUGCUUGGAACCUCAAACAUGCAUGCUGUUACUUUCUUGUCCCAGUACGACGGUUCCUCGGAAAAUCAAAGAGAAUACCACGAGGGCGACAAACGUGUGGAGGCAAGCUCCAAGGGCCAGACACCCAAGACAUGGACCAUCAGUAACCAGGGGGAUAAGCUCCUUCGAAUGUAUCAUAGUAAACCGGUGCAGUAUGAAGAGCCCAGUCCCACAGUCUACCAUCGCUACACCUCAUCGCCAGCAGCGAGCGGUGCUAGGAUGCCCUGCAGUCACGCGCUGCAUUCACCGGCGCGAACCAGUUACUUUGAGAGACCCCAUGGACAGGACGCACCUACUCCUCGUCUGUGGGAGUGGGAAACAACCGGCAGCCCCUGAUGUUUCUGCGGGCAGCUGAGCCA